AUUCUCUCAUGCUUUGAACCAUAUCUAUUAAGUCAGAAACUAAAAAUAAUACAUUGGGUUAAUCCACUUGCUUUUGCUGCUCUGUGCAACUCCACUCGAAUCCUUUUUUUUUCUUUGAUUUGUUUUCCCCUUCUUUUCAGGAAUGGACAUCUACUCACUGUCACCACAGCUCACGAGAGGUGUCAGCCAUUGUGGUUGUAGCUCUGCACACUGCUAGUGCUUAGUUCAUGGAUGCACCACCCUUCUCCUCUUUAAAAGGCAGGGUGUGAUGCUCAGUGUCUAGUCCAAGAGCACUCAGGAGUUCUCUGAAUUCUGAUGGAAACCAACACUCCUCCAAAGUCUGGGACAAGCUUUCUCAAGACUUGCUUCAAUGGUGUCAAUGCCCUCUCAGGUGUUGGGAUACUAUCCAUGCCUUACGCAUUGUCCCAGGGAGGAUGGCUGAGCCUAGCAAUCUUCAUAACCAUAGCAGCGAUCUGCUUCUACACGGGGAUCCUCCUGCAGCGAUGCAUCGACUCCAGCUCCCUCGUCAAGACCUACCCGGACAUCGGCGAGCUGGCGUUCGGCCGGAAGGGCAGGAUCGCCGUCGCCGCCUUCAUGUAUCUCGAGCUCUACCUCGUCGCCAUCGACUUCCUCAUCCUGGAGGGGGACAACCUGGAGAAGCUGUUCCCGAACGCGAGCUUCUUCUCCUCCUUCCACAGGAUCGCCGGCGGGACGAGGCAAGGGUUCGUGCUGCUGUUCGCGCUGCUCGUGCUGCCCACGACGUGGUUCCGGAGCCUCGACCUCCUGGCGUACGUCUCCCUGGGCGGCGUCCUGGCGUCCGCCAUCCUCGUCGCGUCCGUGCUCUGGGUCGGCGCCGCCGACGGCGUCGGGUUCCGCGAGGGCGGCGUGGCGGUGAGGUGGGGUGGCGUCCCGACCGCCAUGAGCCUGUACGCGUUCUGCUUCAGUGGCCAUGCGGUUUUCCCCAUGAUUUAUACCGGCAUGAGGAACAGGAGAAUGUUUCCACAUGUGCUGCUCAUCUGCUUCAUCAUCUGCACCCUCGCCUACGGCGUGAUGGGCGUCAUCGGCUACCUCAUGUACGGCGGCUCGCUCCGGUCGCAGGUGACGCUCAACCUGCCGGCGAGGAAGCUGAGCUCCAGCAUCGCCAUCUACACGACGCUCAUCAACCCCUUCACCAAGUUCGCCCUCCUCAUCACCCCGAUCGCCGAGGCCAUCGAGGGCGUCCUCGGCCUCGGCACCGCCACCACCGGCGGCAAGCCGGCGCAGUACAGGGCCGCGGCCGUGAGCGUGUCGGUGAGGACGGCGCUGGUGGUGAGCACCACGGCGGUGGCGCUCGCCGUGCCCUUCUUCGCCUACGUGGUGGCGCUCACCGGCUCGUUCCUCAGCGCCACCGCGACGAUGCUGCUGCCGUGCGCGUGCUACCUCCGGAUCAGCUCCAGGGCCUCCGGGAAGCUGGGGGUGCUCGAGAUCGUGGCUUGCGUGGGGAUCAUCGUGCUUGGGUUAGGAGUGAUCGUGAUAGGCACUUACAGCUCGCUGAAACAGAUUGUGCAGAGCUUCUGAUCAUUUAUGGGCAAAGGUAGUAGGAGAUGAGCAAUUGGGAUCAGCUACUGAAAAUUGACAUAUACUAGUCAAUUCGAUACCACUGAUUAGGACAGGUGGUGUCAACCAUGAUGUUAUGCAUAAAUCACUUGAGAAAGAAAUCCAUAUGCCGUGUAUUCAGGUAGGAAGAUGAUUCUACUAGUGGAGAUUGAUUUUUUUUUCCA